AUGUCUACUCCUUCUCUCUCUGCCCUUCCUGAGGAAAUCCAGGUUCAAAUCCUGGGAUACGUAUACAAAUAUUCCCUCAUCGACCUUCGUCUCGUCAGUCACACUUUUGCCCGCCUCAUCACACCAAUAAUCUUCCGAGCCAUUCGUGUCCGCGCUUAUAGAGAUGAGCCACAGCGUUUCAUUGACAUCGCCAUGACUGAACAUCUGAGAUGUCAUGUCCGGGAAGUCACUUGCGAUACCUGGACAGGAUCCUGUCCCAUGCAUAAGCGUCGGGAGCUCACGGACAAAUUAUUCCAAGCUGUUCCCUUCAUCUCAAUGUUUCCUAGACUCGACACUCUCAACAUACGGCUGGAACACGAUAGGUCUCACAUCGACCACAAUACGCAAUUAGGACUUUUAGAGACGUUGUUUCACUGUCUUGAGGGGACAUGGAACAUGGAUGAUUAUGUUCGCAGGAAUACCAUGUCUACACCGCAACCGUCUACAUGCGAAUUCUAUCCACAAGCUCAAACUGGCAUUCCGCUUCCUAUCAAGACCCUGACUAUCUCGAAUCUUAUUGAUGUCAGUGGCAUCAAAGUGCUGCCUGCUUUUCAAGCUGUCAUGAAUUCAGGAGCUCUGAAGGACCUGCGUAUCAGCGUAGCUGAUGGAGGUGACCUUGAUGACUCUGAAGUCAUUACUACAACACAGAAGGGCAGCCAAGAUAUCCACCACGAUCUUCUUGAUAUAGUGCUCACCCCCAGCAUCGCCAGCAAUCUCCAGGUCCUGUCCCUGUUUUCUUCAACUCCGUGGGGAUGGUUUCCCAACAUGGACUUCCGCCUGAUUGGUGCCAACGAUCUGCCCAAUCUUAAGGUUCUCGCUUUGGGACAUUUUGAGUUCAGCCAGUGGUGGCAGGUUGAGUGGAUCGGAUCCCUUGGCAUCGAGAAGCUUUAUCUCGAUGAGUGCACCGUUUUGCACUCGGAUCACAAUCGGGCUAGCAUAAUGCCAGAUGCAUGCUGCACCAUUUGCCAAGGCGAGGCUAGUGAGCUCUCCGACAAGGGUUACUUCGCCCAAAGGGUAGAAGGCAAUGCCUGGCGCGAGGGUUCAACGUACCAUACACAUACCCGCUGGCGCCACAUCUUUGAGCACUGGGCCAAUACCAUGCCCAACCUCCGCGUCUUUAAAAUUGGACAAGGCUGGUGCUUAGACGACGGAGCUUGGAAAGCAAUUGAUCCAACCUACGAGGGGGACUUUUACGAAUACGUCGAAGAAGACCACGAGGCUAUUUUUCAGCCAUUUCAAGAUACUAGCCAUCAGCACUUUGAGUGUCCUCUGCCCCUUACCACUGGCACUGGUAUUCGGCGGUAUGGAUCUGAGGCUGUUCAGGGUUAUGGCGCUGUGUUCCCGUACGUGGAACAUAUUGAGGGUGGGGGUUAUACUUAUACUGAUAGUCCUGGUGAUGGGAAGGAGUUUUUGAACGUUAGUUUGGGGGAGAAGGAGAAGGAUAAGAAUGCUUUUGAUAAGUUUUUGACGGUUGUUGAGACAAGACGAAAAGGGCUGGCUGGCCAGGAAUAG